CCCCUACACGAGACGUGCCGAUUGUCACUGUACAUAUAGCGCUGUCACCCGGCUACUCCUGGCACUAGAGGUGACAGUUAUGUCCCUGCAGGUUGUGUUGAGGGCUGUGCGGGGGAGGCUCCCGCUGUCCUCCGUGUGCCAUGGUGCCCGGGCAGUGCACGGCGCCGCUCUGCGCUCCACUGGGCGCCGGUCACUGCUGGUGGCUGCGGGGGCCGCGGUGACUGCCGGGCUGGUGGCGGGAUACGGUCACCUGCAGCGGGCGGACAUGGCCUCGGUGGAUCACGGGGAGGAUUUGGACAAGCGCGUGGCGGAGUUCAUGGCUCCUCCGGUCACCGAGCUGGAGAAGCUGCGGCGGAGCGGGGGGGACAUGAAGACCCGCAUGGAGCUGCUGAUCAUGGGGACCCAGGCGGAGGUGUGCCGGGCGCUGGAGGAGGCGGACGGGGGAGCCGGCUUCACUGUGGACCGCUGGCAGAGGACGGAGGGUGGCGGAGGAGUCAGCUGUGUCCUCCAGGAUGGCAAUGUCUUUGAGAAAGCCGGAGUCAAUGUGUCGGUGGUCUACGGCUACCUGUCAGAGGAGUCCAUUCAGCAGAUGAGAAGCCGCGGGAAGGAUCUGCAAACUAAAGAUGGAAAGCUGCCCUUCUGUGCGAUGGGAGUGAGUUCUGUCAUCCAUCCUAAGAAUCCGCAUGUUCCCACCAUUCACUUUAACUACAGAUACUUUGAAAUUGAGGAGGCAGACGGUAACAAGCAGUGGUGGUUUGGCGGUGGGACAGAUUUGACUCCGACCUAUCUGAACCUGGAGGAUGUGGUGCAUUUCCAUCAGACUUUGAAGGAGGCGUGUGAUCAACAUAACCCGGGCUUCUACCCAAAGUUCAAGAAGUGGUGUGAUGACUACUUCUUCAUCAAGCACCGCGGCGAACGCAGAGGAGUCGGUGGCAUCUUCUUCGAUGACCUGGACUCCCUAUCAAAAGAUGAAGUGUUCAAAUUUGUGAAGAGCUGCACCAAGGCCGUAGUGCCCUGUUAUGUCCCCAUUGUGAACAAGCACAAGAAUGACUCCUUCAGCCCAGAAGAAAAAAUGUGGCAGCAGCUGAGAAGAGGACGAUACGUGGAAUUCAAUUUAGUUUAUGACAGAGGAACCAAAUUUGGGCUUGCAACCCCGGGCUCUAGGAUUGAGAGCAUUCUUAUGUCCCUGCCACUGACUGCCAGAUGGGAGUAUAUGCAUGUACCUCCUCCAGAGUCUCGGGAGGCUGAGAUUCUCAACGUUCUGCGGGAACCCAAAGACUGGGUUCAUUAAUGAGCUCAGGGACUUUUCACAGUGCCCUCGUUGGAAGGAGCAUUUGGAGAGUGAAUGUUUUUAUGGGAAGAAAUCCAUGUUCUUUCCGGUUCCACAUGUGCCUUACCUGUUAUUGUGUUUCCCUCUUGGACUUGAGUUUGUCCUUGAUUCAUCUACGUGCCCUGCUCUGGACUUCUCUUACUCCCCCGAUACUCCUUCUGCAGCGACCACUUUCAUAUAACUUUGUCAAAUCUUUUUUGUUUCUGGACCUGAUCAUUCUAUUACUUUGUACACAAAUCCGUAGUUUCCAACCAGCUGCUUUGAACAAACAGGUGGAGCAGGUUAUAUUGCAGUAAAUGGUACAAUGUACAGUGAGCUGAUACCACUAAGGAAAGUUGGGUCUUUAAUGGAUGAUUCAAUUCCACUUUGACUGUAUGAACUUGUCAUAUAUAUUUUACAAACAUAUAUUUUUUUUUUUUUUUUUUUUAAAUUUUCACUAUGGGGGG